CGAACCCGAGCGGAAUGCGCAUGCGCCAGUCUUUUCCCUUCCUCUGGAGUGUGAGCUCUGUUGAUGUUAGAUCAGGGCAGGCACUUUAUCGCUGCAUCUUGGAUCCGCGCGUGUGGUGUUUCUUGGCGAUUCCACCUUUGGUCAUGGUGUCCGAUACUUACCUUUUCUGAACUUGUAUCCUUACUCUCAUCACUAGUCUCCCUUUCCCUAUUUGGUUUAGUGCCUGUACUCCUUAAAUGUUGUCUGGUCUGUUGUAUCUAUGUUUUGCUACAUCAAACAUUCUUCUAUUUUUAUGUCUCAAUCCUAGUAUCUCCCUAAACCCACUUUUACUUCUUAACCUUUACUUUCAAUUAUUUUAACUUCCCUUUAUUGUUCCCGUUACUUUUGCCCCAUUCAAUUUCUUUCUUCAUUCCCAUCACCAUGUCUGCACCUGGCCAUUGGAGAAUAGCUGCUGGCCUCCUGGUUAACCUGUUGUCCUCCAUUUGUAUUGUGUUUGUGAACAAGUGGAUUUAUGUCCAUUAUGGUUUCCCAAACAUGAGUCUGACCUUGGUGCACUUUGUGGUUACCUGGCUGGGACUGUACAUCUGCCAAAGACUUGGGGUCUUCUGCCCCAAAAGACUUCCUGCCUCCAAGGUGCUGCUGCUAGCCCUGAGCUUCUGUGGCUUUGUGGUCUUUACCAACCUCUCCCUUCAGAACAACACCAUAGGUACCUAUCAGCUGGCAAAGGUCAUGACUACCCCUGUUAUCAUCUUCAUCCAAAGCAUUUGGUACAAGAAGUCCUUCUCCUUUAGGAUCCAACUCACUCUGGUACCCAUUACACUGGGAGUGUUCCUUAACUCCUACUAUGAUGUGAAGUUUAACAUGCUGGGAAUGGUGUUUGCUGCUCUUGGAGUUUUAGUAACUUCUCUCUAUCAAGUGUGGGUUGGAACCAAGCAACAGGAGUUACAGGUGAACUCGAUGCAGCUGCUCUACUACCAGGCCCCAUUGUCUUCUGCUAUGCUGCUCUCCGUUGUGCCUUUCUUUGAACCAGUAAUUGGAGAAGGGGGGAUAUUUGGACCAUGGUCUGCUACAGCACUUGUGAUGGUGAUUUUCUCUGGAAUUAUUGCUUUCACUGUAAACUUAUCUAUUUACUGGCUCAUCGGAAAUACUUCCCCAGUCACAUACAACAUGUUUGGACACUUUAAAUUUUGUAUCACUCUGCUUGGUGGAUACAUAUUAUUUAAGGAUCCGUUGUCUGUGAAUCAGGGUCUGGGGAUAUUGUGUACCCUGGUGGGAAUUUUGGCAUAUACCCACUUUAAACUCAAUGAACAGGAAGUGACCAAAAGCAAACUAGUUCAGCGGCCAUAAGACUUUGCCUCCUACCUCUCCUAAGAAGCUGCACUUAAUACAAGAACUUUAUUUUUUUAAGAGCA